CCCGCCCCCAACAUGGCGGCGCCCAGUUCCUUGGGGCAGCACCUGCUUCUUCUUCACCUCUAAUGUUAGCCUUGGAGGAGUCGGCGGGACCAUGGACGCGCCGGGCUUCACGGCUUCGCUGGUGGCUGGAGGAGUAGCAGGUGCCUCUGUUGACUUGAUCUUAUUUCCUUUGGAUACUAUUAAGACAAGGCUGCAGAGUCCCCAAGGAUUCAACAAGGCUGGUGGUUUCCGUGGAAUAUAUGCUGGCGUCCCUUCUACAGCUGUUGGGUCCUUUCCUAAUGCUGCUAUGUUUUUUCUCACCUAUGAAUAUGUGAAAUGUUUGCUGCAAACCGACUCAGCUUCACACUUCAGGCCCGUGAAGCACAUGCUGGCUGCCUCUGCAGGAGAAGUGGUUGCCUGCUUGAUUCGAGUUCCUUCUGAAGUGGUUAAACAGAGGGCGCAGGUGUCCGCUUCUUCAACAACCUUGCAGAUCUUUUCUGCUAUAUUAAAUGAAGAGGGGAUCCAAGGACUGUACCGAGGCUAUAAAAGCACAGUUCUGAGAGAGAUUCCUUUCUCCUUGGUCCAGUUUCCCUUGUGGGAAUCCUUGAAAGCCCUCUGGUCGUGGCAGCGCGGUCAUGUGGUGGAUUCUUGGCAGUCAGCAGUCUGUGGAGCUUUUGCAGGUGGCUUUGCAGCUGCGGUUACUACACCUCUGGAUGUGGCUAAGACAAGGAUCAUGCUGGCCAAGGCGGGCUCCAGCACUGCUGUUGGGAAUGUGCUCUCGGCCAUGCAUGCGGUGUGGCGCGCACAGGGGCUAGCAGGGUUAUUCGCAGGUGUCUUCCCACGAAUGGCAGCAAUCAGCAUGGGCGGCUUCAUCUUUCUGGGUGCCUAUGACCAGACCCGGAGCUUGCUGUUAGAAGUGGGCAAGAAGAGCCCAUGAAGCAGACACUGCGUGUCCCUGGAGAAGAGGGCUGCUGGCUGCUGUGCAGCCCCUGCCUUCCUGUGACUGGCGAAGUCGACGCUGCAGUGUGGCACCUUGAGAGGGCUGCAGAGUGCAGCCCUGAGUGUCUCCAUGGAAACUAUCCUCGGUGGACCUCCAGACCAACAUCUCCACCCCUUAAUAAACACUUCAGUGUCCUUUGCCUCCCA